AUGCGCCCCUCGGCCUUGCGCCCCCGCGCCUCAGCCGCCGCGCUCGCGCUCUGCAGUCUCCUGCUGCUGCCCGGGCUCGGGCACGCAUGUCCCGCGGGCUGCGCCUGCACGGACCCGCACACAGUGGACUGCCGCGACCGCGGGCUGCCUAGCGUGCCCGACCCUUUCCCUCUGGACGUGCGCAAGUUGCUGGUGGCCGGCAACCGCAUCCAGGAGAUCCCCGAGGACUUCUUCAUCUUCUACGGCGACCUGGUCUACCUGGACUUCAGGAACAACUCACUGCGCUCAGUGGAGGAGGGCACCUUCAGCGGCUCCGCCAAGCUGGCCUUCCUUGACCUCAGCUACAACAACUUGACCCAGCUGGGCGCGGGUGCCUUCCGCUCGGCCGGCAGGCUGGUCAAGCUGAGCCUGGCCAACAACCACCUGGCCGGCGUGCACGAGGCCGCCUUCGAGUCCCUGGAGUCGCUGCAGGUGCUGGAGCUCAAUGACAACAACCUACGGAGCCUCAGCGUGGCCGCCUUGGCCGCGCUGCCCGCGCUCCGCACCCUGCGCCUGGACGGGAACCCGUGGCUUUGCGACUGUGACUUCGCCCAGCUCUUCUCCUGGAUCCAGGAGAACGCCUCCAAACUGCCCAAAGGCCUGCAUGAAAUCCAGUGCUCGCUGCCCAUGGAGAACAGAAGGAUAUUCCUGCACGAGCUGUCGGAGGCCAGCUUCAGCGAGUGCAAGUUCAGCCUCUCGCUCACGGACCUGUUCAUCAUCAUCUUCUCGGGCGUGGCUGUGUCCAUCACCGCCAUCAUUUCCAGCUUCUUCCUAGCCACCAUGGUGCAGUGCUUCCAGAGGUGUGCCCCCAACAAAGACACUGAGGAUGAAGAUGAGGAUGAAGAUGACUGA